AUAACUUUGUAUGGCAUAUUUUCCUUUUUUUAUUAUAUUCACAGUCUUAACUCGGUGGUAUUCAAUAAAGUGUGACAACUAACCUUUGUGUUGAUAAAGAUAAUGAAAUUCAAGAUAACGAUUAUCAUUCGUUAAAAGAAUAAUCUUCAUUAAAAUAGAAGCACGAUUUAGGUCAUACACUGAAUAUUAGAGAAAUAAAUUUGACAAGAAGACCAUUUGAGACAUCGUUGUCUUAGUUUAUAUGAAGGCAAAAUGGAAGCAACAAUCACUGGAUAUUCUUUACACGAUGUUAGGUUCCCCACGUCGCUAGAAUUGCAUGGUUCCGAUGCAAUGAACAAGCAGCCUGAUUAUUCUUGCAGUUAUGUCAUUUUAAAGACGGAUGGAGAAUACGAGGGACAUGGUUUCACUUUCACCAUCGGACGGGGAAAUGAAAUAGUCUGUUCUGCUGUGAAGUCUCUCAGUAAACUUGUUGUUGGCACCAAAAUCAAAGACAUUUACAAAGACUUUGGAAUGUUCUGGAGACAAUUGACCAGUGAUGACCAAAUGCGAUGGAUUGGUCCUGAAAAAGGUGUGAUUCACUUGGCAACUGCUGCCAUUGUUAAUGCUCUGUGGGACUUGUGGGCCAAAAUUGAAGGAAAGCCUUUAUGGAAACUUCUGGUUGAUAUGGAUCCGCAGCAACUUGUCUCUGUUAUUGAUUUUAGAUAUAUAAAAGAUGCCUUGACACCAGAAGAAGCAGUUGGUCUCCUGGAAGAAAUGAAAAAAGGAAAGGAUGAACGAGAAGUGCAUCUUCUAAAAGAAGGUUACCCAGCAUAUACCAGUUCCUGUGGAUGGCUUGGAUACCCAAAUGACAAGAUUCGUCAGCUUUGUAAAGAGGCUCUUGCUGAAGGAUUUACAAAAUUUAAAGCCAAGGUCGGAUCUAACUUGGAAGAUGACAAAAGAAGAUGUCAGAUUCUCCGUGAAGAAAUUGGAUUUAAAAACAUUUUGAUGGUUGAUGCCAAUCAAAAAUGGGAAGUACAAGAAGCAAUUGAUUGGAUGAAAGAAUUGGCCGAAUACAAACCUCUGUGGAUUGAGGAACCAACAAGUCCUGAUGAUAUUGCUGGACAUGCUCUGAUUGGUCAAAAUCUCAGACCACUGAAGAUUGGAAUAGCCACUGGAGAACAAUGUCAGAAUCGAAUCAUGUUCAAACAAUUCUUACAAGGAAAAGCCAUGGAUUUCUGUCAAAUAGACAGUUGUCGUCUUGGAGGAGUAAAUGAAAACCUUGCAGUCAUUUUAAUGGCAGCAAAGUUCAAAGUUCCUGUAUGUCCGCAUGCUGGUGGUGUUGGUCUGUGUGAGUUGGUCCAACAUCUUUCAAUGUUUGAUUACGUUUGUGUCUCGGGAAAACUCAGUGUUGUAGAAUACGCAAGUCAUUUACAUGAACAUUUCUUGAAUCCUGUUCAAGUAAAGAAUGGUUUCUACCAAGUUCCAUUAAAACCAGGAUACAGUUCUGAGAUGAAGGAAUCUUCCCUGAAAGAAUUUGAGUACCCCAAUGGAAGUGAAUGGAAAAAGCUAUUUGUGGACGGCCUCUUUACCCCAUGAAAGAAUUCACUUGAUAUUAAUUUAUAAGUGGAAGAAGGAAAUAACUAAAUUGACUUUGAUUCUUUUUUUUAAUUGUUGUUUUAAUUGCUGAUCAAUAUUUUGAGAAUGUUAAUUAUAUAUGAUUUUGGAAGAUAAUUACCAAAUAAAUACCAUAAUGGCAUCUUCUCAGAUCUGCCAAAAACUGACCAAUAAUUCUAAGUUCCAAUAUCUUCGACAAUUUUUUUCCUGAUUCCUUUACCAUAUUAAAUCAUA